GCCACACCCAGCUCUGAGCUCCGAGCCCAGACUAGCAGAGACGAUCAGUCUCGCGACUGAGCCAAAUCAUCGAACCAGGAUGCUUUAAACUGAACCGGAUUUUGACAGAAGCUACGGAAACAAAAAGGCGACAAAAAAUGCGACCCACCUGUCGAAGGUUUCUUGGGCUGAUCCUGGUCAACGUAUUUCUGCUGUUCGCUCUGUUUCAUGUUUGGAGCCCUAAGAGCUGCUUCAAAGUCGACAUCCGGCCUAAAGAGUUGAGUUCAUUACAUUCACGCCUCAAGGGGAAAAUACCAAGCAUCGCUAAUGGAUAUCAUGACAUACCCUACCACAUAAAGGAGGAUGUGGCGUGUCUUUUGGCUCAAAACUCAUGUGUGUGUCUGGCUGAUAAAGAGACAUUGCGGCUGCCAUUCUCCGAUCUGCUGUGGCCACGGGUUUGGGCACACAACAUCAGUAUGGCGUUCUUAGGGUCCCAUCCUGACCCUGAGGGUGUAAAGCAGAGCAGAGCUCAGGAGUACCAUAGCUUUCAGAGGAGGUCCUAUGAUCCAACAGAUGUGCUUGUUGUAGCUGAAGCCCAGAGUCCUCUUCAGUAUCCAACCCAGGGCGUGAAGGUGCGACCCCUCAAAACCAUCAUCAUUCCUGGUCUGGGCCUUAAAGAAGAAAGCAGAUUAAACCACACGGUAUAUUUGACUGCAAAAUUGGGGACUUUUGAUGUCGCUGCCACAGUUGACGGGGUCUCUUUGGAAGGAGUAGGAACAAAACACAUGGCCCUAUCGAGUCCUCUCCUCUCGGCUCUGAACAUGCAGCUGCAGUUUGUCACAUACACUAACACUGUGUUCCAUCCAAAGACAGCAGAUACAAUUCAGUUUGGCACUCAGGGGCACCAGGCUGUUUUCACCAUCAAAGUUGGGCAUGGGACAGUCCCGACACUUUACAACUUUGGAAAGCAAAAAGAGUACAACAUUAGUGCUCUGGUUACCAUCGCCACCAAGACCUUCCUACGCUACGACAAACUCAAGGAUCUCAUUGACAGCAUACGCCAGUUUUAUCCAACCGUCACCAUAGUGAUAGCAGAUGAUAAUGAGAACCCCCAGCCAGUGACCGGGCCUCACAUCGAACAUUACAUCAUGCCGUUUGGAAAGGGAUGGUUUGCAGGAAGAAAUCUGGCCAUUUCUCAAGUGACCACCAAGUAUGUGCUGUGGGCAGACGAUGAUUUCAUCUUCACUGCAAACACCAAGCUGGAGAGGAUGGUGGACAUCCUGGAGAAGACCACUCUGGAUAUGGUAGGAGGAGCAGUCAGAGAGGUGACCGGCUACACCGCCACAUACCGUCACACCAUUACAAUAGAUGAAGGAGGAGAGGAGGGUGAUUGUUUACACAUCAGAAACGGCUACCAUCACGUUAUCGAGGGAUUUCCUAACUGUGUGGUGGCUGAUGCUGUCAUCAACUUCUUCAUGGGGAGGACGGACAAGAUAAAGCAGGUGGGAUUUGACCCCCGCCUGGCUCGUCGGGGUCAUCUGGAGUUCUUCAUCGACGCUUUGGGCUUCCUCCACAUCGGCUCGUGUAGUGACAUUAUCGUAAACCAUGCGUCAAAGAUCAAAAUACCCUGGACUAAAACAGACUUGCAAAAGGCCUAUGACAAAUUCCGUUACACAUAUUCUGGAUCUGAUAAGAAGCUCCAUAAUGAAAUUUUCUACUUUAAAAACAGGUUCAAGUGCAUGACCAGUCACUGAAACCUGGAGUCCUUCAUGUCUUUCUUAUACCUUGUCGUUGACAGUUUUCACUGCUUUAGUAAUUGCCGUUUAAGUCCUGUGAGAGUUUUAUCAUCAGGUUAUCAAACUAAAAUGAAUAUAUAUACCUCUAUACAUGCCCCACAGAAGCAAAAAGGCCCUCAGUGUAAUUUCAGGCCUUUUCUAUGUUGUAUGUCUAUCUUAAUGACUGCAGCUGCUGCAGGACAGCUGUCAGGCAAAGUCAGUCAUUCUGCAAAAACAGCCUUAAUAGGUUUUGCACAGCAAAUAUUACCAUAGAGUGAUAAACUGGAUGUUUUAAGAUAUAUUUUGGGGUCUUUUAGUGCCUUUAUUUAAGACAGGAAGGACAUUGGAUAGUGUUGGAAACACAGAAAAGAAACCACAGGCCAGACUUGGGGCAUGACCUAACUGCACUUUGAAACAAAAGACUUUUGUUAAACAAACAACUUUCACUUGUUCAGGCAAAACAAAGACAAGAUAAAUGACCAUUUCAUCUGCAGGGGGCAACAAAAACUACACAAACCAAAUCUUCCUCCUUGGAGCUUUUUCUCUGUUCUGUGAACAGAAUAUGAUUAUUUGGUUUGUGUUAGAACAUUUUGAUGCAAAAUCUGGAUGUGAGCAGAGGAUGGCUCAAAUCCCAUGCCAGCUCUCAGCUCAUAUGGGCAUGUAGUCGUAUUGCAUAGUGAAUCUUAUUAAAUCAUGCUGCAGUGCCUGUUCAUAGACAAGUGGAUGUUUACACAUUUAAAGUCCCUGUAAAGUGAAAUUCAGAUUUUUGGUCUAAACAAAACAGAUAUGUUGGGAUAAGGUUGCUGUAAACACUGAGUCCUGUGUGUGAUGGAAUUUUGGAUUUUACGGUUCGAAUAUUUUUCACCUCUUUUGUGGAUAGGUCUAAUUUGGGCGGGGCAAAAUGUAGCCAUGGGAAUUACCCCAAAUUGCCAGUCGCUGAUUGCCAGAGCAACUAUGUGUUUUUCACUCAGACAUCUUACCUGCUGUAGGUACUAUAUAUUUUAAUUCAUGUUUCACUCAUCCUUAGUCCUGGAUGAUUAAAAGAACAAGCUGUGGCUUUGUCUCUCUCAUAGCAGCAACAGUUAAAUCACUCGUGUCUGCAAUGUUAAAGUUUCAUAAAGUAUCUGACGGCAGACACUUUCUAUUCCUGCCAAAUCUGUCGUAAUGCUCCGUCAAUCCCUGUAGGCAUUGUUGCUUAAAACUGUAUUGUGUAUUAUAUUACAUGAAAAGCAUUUUCUUUACCAAUUGAAUGUUGGGGAGACUGCUUUCAGUAAAUAAAACUUUUAAACUUUUGUCUUCUGAAAUAGGGAAUAGUUUAAGACUACUGUGAUUUACCAGAAAGAAAAGUGGUUUACUUUUGUAUGUUACAAUGAAAAUGCGUGCAACAGCUGACCAUUAAAGAAAAGAAAUUCAUUUACAUCAGGUCAUAACCAAUCAGCACGUCUAGAGAUUUACUAUUACACACUGAUGCAUAGCUGGAACCUAAGACAGAGACAGGAUCUCAUCCAGCACUUUAAACUGUAAGACUAUGUUUGGCAAGAAUGCUGUUCGAAUAAGAAAGAUGCUACACAGUGUUUGAUCAUUUUAUUUAUUGAUAGGCUACCAAAAAUUUCAGGCUUUAGGUAAAGUUGCACUUGGAGUCCAGGACUAAUUUCCCCAAGGGAGCUGUAAAGUCUUUUGUGUUGUGUCAUGUUGUACUGUAUUGUGUCAUUUCAUAUUGUGUCUCAUUUAUAGCAAAAAGGGAGCGGUUAUCUCUGCCGUUGACAGAAAAGCCACCACUUGUGCCUAAAAUUAAGGUAUCGCAGCCUUUCUCUUUUCAGUCUGGGAUGAUUUCAGGCUGGGGUCAGGCCAGCUUCCUCAUGCCUGGGUGCUGCUACUUUUGAGAGCCAUAACAUGUUUUUUUGUUGCGAUCUCAAGGGCUCAUCACUUUUUUGUAACUUGAUUGUAAACAAUUGUGAAUAUAUAAUGACCCAAUGAUGAAUUACUUUGACUUUAUGUACACAAGCUAUCAUGGAUGCAUAAAUUAUUCCAAUAUCAGCUGGCAUUCAGUUUUCCACAACAACACUGUUAACCUCAGCAGUGAUUUCCCUUCAGAUUUGGUGCUUUUGAUUCCUUUUAUUCCCACUUUUCAAGCUGACAAACAAAAAAUAUUAGAUUUUCUUUUUACUUCUCUGACCUAAACAAUGACACCAUAGCGAGAGGAGCAUUAUUUUUCUAUAUAAUAUUCCACUAUGUCAUAAACUCUGGGGGCAAGGCAAGCUGAACCAUGAAUGAUUUAGAAAAGCAUGUUCAUUUUUAUGGUUAUUAUUUUCAGACACUGGAUUGAUCAAUUCCUACUCAUUCUUGUGUUGUGAUUGACUUGAAAUGCAUGUUUCAUAAAUCAUGGACUCUGUUAAAUUAAUUUACACCUAUAAAUCACUGUUUUUUUUUUAUUCUAGGCUUAUCAGUAAGAGCCACAGAGUAAAAACCCUUCACGAGUUGCACCUUAUGUAUCACAGUUUCUUUUACUUUUGUGUUUUGUUUCUUUUUUGUUUGUUUUUUUUGUAUGCAAAUAUCUUCUCUUGACAUCCAUGUACUGUUACUUUAAAGGCUUGAGUCUUUCUUUGUUGUAUGCAGUUGUUUCCUCCAGGGUCUGGCUUCCUAUUAACUGUAAUUCACUGGUUUAUGUGUUUUUAUGUCUGACUUGACUUCUUGUUGUCUUGAUUUAAACAGUAACUCUCCAUAGAUGCUUAAGGAGCCCAAAAAUGUCUCAGGGUGCAUAUGAAUUCAUAACAGGGGGGAAAUAUAAAUGUUUCUUUAUUAGCAGUUAUUAAUUAGCACUUAUGCUGUUAUUUAUAGUUUGCUGUUCUGGGAUCGCCCACCCUUCCAUGAGCCUACAUGGAAAGCAUCAAGUGGGAGCAGCACAGUUCUGCUCUUCCUAUAAGGCAGGGAGAGAAGCAGCAAAACCUCAGAGCAGAGAAGGCAUCAGUGACAACAGAAUGACAAUGAUUAAGUCAGAAGCAGAAUUAAGGAGGAGCUGGGGUGAAAGAAGGAUGCAAGAGUAGUUUGCAGAGAGAGAGGUAGAGUGUAGCCAGGCCAGAAGCCUUAACUUCGAUGCGCAUGAAAACAAGAAGGUUCCCAGAGUCAUUUACUAAUUACUGAGUGAGAGUGUGAGAAGAGGGGUGGACAAACAGAACACUCAUUAAGCUUGAACAAACUUUAAGCUUUUAUUUAAAUCCAUUUUUAAAUUUAAAUCAAGAAUAUGUCAAGUCAUGCCAGGUGAAAGGUCUCAUUUUUUUUCCUCUGUGCUCAAAAAUAUGGAUAUAGCAUCCAGCAAUUACAACACCAUGAUUUAGCAAAGAGGUACAACCUCAGAUAAAGGAUCCAACCUCUUAUAAAGAAAAUGUCCAAGAACAUGCUCCAGGAUAAUCACCAUUUCACCAUAAUUUAAACAGCCUGGUUUCUGUUGUUAUGGUAAAAUAAUCUUAGUUCUUUUCAUGUUUCUUUUCCCUUACUUCAUGGCUGAAUAUGAAUGUAUCCAAAAGAUUUACACUGAUUUUUUAUGUGUAUAUUUGGCUGUGAUUAUAAUCUGACAAAGUAGCACUGAGCGUGUCUUUUUGUGUAUUUGACAUCUUAUGGUACACUGUUGUACAGUGUCUGGAGUUAUUGAGCUUUUGAAAAGCUUGUUAUUGUUUAUGUUUUGCUCUUUAAAUUAUGAAUGUUUGGGAAAUAAAUCAUUUGAACUUCUAUGCAUGUUUGUUCUUAAAGAAUGUUUAAUUUCAGUUUUGCAAAUACACGAUAUGUAAAAACCUUUGCAGCAAGAAACUACCAAAGCUAGUAAUAGAGUUUGGGUACUCUACUUUGAGCUGUUAAUGAUCAAAUUUCCCUCUAACUGGGAGAUCAUUACUUACAUAUACAGGUGCAUAUCAGUAGAAUAUUAUCAAAAAGUUGAUGUAUUUCAGUAAUUUAGUCCAAAAAGUGAAACUCAUAUAUUAUAUAGAUUCAUUAAACAUAGACUGAUAUAGUAAAAGUGUGUUUCCUUUACUUUUGAUUAUUGUAGCUUACAGCUAAUGAAAACCCAAAAUUCAGUUCCUCAGAAAGUUGGCAUAUUGCUUAAAACCAAUAAAAGAAGGAACACAGAAAUGUUGGAAUAUUGAAAAGUAUGAAAUGUACAGCACUCAAUACUUGGUCAGCACUCCUUUUGCAUGAAUUGUACCUGAAAAAAUACUGAAUGAAAUGCAAAAUUUACUUCAAUCUGAAAAUGCUUUGGACAGCUGAGCAACAGUCCAGUCCUUUUAGUCCUUAGCCCAGGUAAGACACCUCUGACGUCUCUGGUUCAAGAGCGGCCUCACAUAAGGAAUGGGACAGUUAUAGUCUAUGUCCUGGAUACGUCUGUGCUUGGUGGCUCUUGGAGCACUGACUCCAGCUGCCGUGUACUCCUAGUGAAGCUUCCCCAAAUUCUUGCAUGAGCCUUAUUUUACAAUCCUCUCACGGCUGCAGCUAACCCUGUUGCUUGGGCAGCUUUUUGUUUCAGAUUUACCACAUUUUUUCCUUCCAUUCAACUUUUCAUUAAUGUGCUUAGAUACAGCACUCUGUGAACAGCCAGCUUCCUUAGCAAUGACCUUUUAUGUCUGUCAAGUCUGCAGUCUUCCCCAUGAUUGUGUAGCCUGCUGGUCCAGACUGAGAGACCAUUUAAAGGCUCAGGAAACCUUUGCAGGUGUUUGGAGUUAAGUAGCUGAUUAGAGUGUGACACCGUGAGUCUCCAAUAUUGAACUUUUUCACAAUAUUCAUAUUUGCUGAGACACUGAAUUUUAGUUUUUCAUUAGCUGUAAAUCAUAAUCAUCAAAAUUAAAAGAAAAUACACCUGAAAAAUAUCAGUCUGUAUGUAAUCAAUCUUUAUAAUAUAGUUUCACUUUUUUAAUUUGAAUUACUGACAAAUGAACUUUUUUAUGAUAUUCUAACUCAUUGAGAUGCACCUGUAUGUGUGUGUAGGUGUGUAUCUACAAGGAACUGAUGUCAGUCUUAUUGUAUCUUGUUGAUGACAGCCCUUCCUCCUGUGUCCCAACAUCUUUCACUGACCAGAACAUUGCUGCGUCAUCCCACUUUAAAUAUUUGUUGUGUAAAAAGACUUUAAGAGCUUCAAACACCUGAUACACAUGUUACUUGUUAAAGUUGAUAAGCUGAG